AUGAGAGCACAAAAAUUGGCACGUUUAAGUAACCUGAAUGACCAGCCAUCCAGUCUAUGUUCUGCACCGUCGACAUUUGUUGAGGGAUGUUUACCGAAAAUUCCGGAACUGGUUUCAUCAGCUCCAAUAGAUAUAUUAUAUUCUGCGCCCGGAAACUGUACACCGACAACCUCGCUUGGUAUAUCACUUAGUGAGCUAAGAGUUGAUCCUGAAUCACCUUGCGACUUUCCAGCUUCCACUUCAACAAGAUUUUUACACAGCAGUACUAGCAGCCAUUUGGCUAAGUCAAACGCUUUUAGUAUUGAACACAUAUUGUCGGGAAAAUAUAAGAAAAUUUGGGAAGAAGAAUCAACUCUUAUGGAUUGCAUGGAACAGGAGCAUAUUGCUACAUCGCGUUGUGGUACAAGUGAAACGAACCAAGCAUUCCGGAACAUCAACGUUAACAGCAACGACUACGAGAAGAGGUUACGUCAAUGCAGCACUCGAAUGAAGUGUUCCCUAUCUGAAAUGGCUCAGUCGUCAGCGGAAUUCGCGCAAAAAUUUUCCACAGGCCGUAGCGUACCAAUUCGUUUGAUUGGAAAGUCUUCUAGCGAUACGCGACGAGAUACAGACGACGACAGUGGGAAAGCAUCUGACACCGAUCCUCCACAGUCAUUAUCUCCGGAUGGAGAUGGGGGUUCGACGAAGUCCUCCACAAUACAAAGUAUUUUCAAUCCUAUAGCUACAUCAUCACCAACUGCGAGCGAAUAUCAUCCUAUACAUGUAUCAACUGCUUUUUCGCCAUCUUCGACUACUUCUGAUUUGGCAUCGUCAGUAUCAACAGGCUCAACAGUAUUAGCUUAUGCACCGAGUGGAGAGCGCUUAGAGAGCAUUGAAAAGUCUGCUUUCGAACGGGUUGACCAAAACGAUUCGGUUUCCGGCUUCAUUAGCGAUUCCAAACGAAGAACAACUGCCACUAGUCACAUAGUGCAAAAUAAUUUAGAAAGGAAAUUGUUGGAAAACGAUUUAAUCAGUUCAUCAAUGAAGAUGGAAACCGUAGAAGCAAUCUUAAUGGAGCAAAUGCCACAACCGUCUUGGCCUCAUAUGGUUGCACCAGUAAAGCCUCGUGAUUUUCAUUUAACAAAGGAAAAAAAAGCUGAUAAAUCAGAAGCAACAACAGAAAACGAUGCCAAAUGGGCGGAAUCGGUUGUUACAGAUAAAAAACGACACUGUUGCCCACACUUGAACUGUGGAAAAUUUUACACAAAAAGUUCUCAUUUGAAGGCCCAUAUGAGAACGCACACGGGUGAAAAACCGUAUGCUUGUACAUGGGAAGGCUGUGAAUGGCGGUUUGCUCGAUCUGACGAGCUGACGCGGCAUAGCCGGAAACACACCGGAGACAGGCCAUUCCAGUGUACUCUUUGUCAUCGAGCAUUCUCACGCUCAGAUCAUUUGUCGUUGCAUAUGAAACGGCAUUAG